AUGCGUCAACGACCAAUUACCGACUUUUUCAUGGCUGACGGAGCUACAGCGCCAGUUGCGGACGCACCGGAAGCACCACCCGUCCCGGUCAGUGGUGGACUGAUGCGCGGCGAGGACUUCAUCGAGGAGCCUGUUCAAGCUAUAGACGACACUCCAUUCGACCCCGAAGUAUUGCACCGUUUCAGAAUUCGCGCAGACCAGUGGACCAACUACGCGGCGGACUGGACCUUGCGCGAAGAAAAGCAGCGAUCUCUGGGAAACGCGCCCAAAGAAUGUGCCUGGUGUUUCACUUCGUUAGCGGACGCGAGGCUCUUAUAUCGGUGCUCGUGGCGCAAUAGCGCCGCCCCAGACCACGGGUUUGUCGAUGUUUGGAACAACCGCCGUUGGACACAGCUGGUCCCCAUUUCGGAGUUGGGAUACGUGUACCAAGUUGGCCACAUCAGCGCUACAAUGACGGACGAGUGUCCCAACCCGUCUCCCGAAACCACGGUUUCGAUGCUUCGUCGAGGUCGUCGGCGGAAGGACGACUUGCUCGGGGAUAUCCAGGACGACAAUCUUCCGAAUGCGACGACAACGUUCCUGGGGGAUGAACAAAUUCACAUUUCAGCGGAUGGAGCACGAGUCUUCACCGAUGUUGUCAACAGGGUCAAAAGAAAGCGCCCUCGUUUGGACGCGGAAGAGCUUCAAGAGCCUGACGAUCGCCUUUCUGGGUGGACUCCGAUGGGUGUUGGCGAUGACGACGUCCGCUCGCACUCACAGUCUCAUCAUAUGAGACCGAGCCCGACAUGGAAGACUUCAGUAGGUGCUUUACCUGAGCAAAGUAAACGGCAACUCACGGGAGUGCAGGAUGAUCCCAUGUCUGUCUGGUUACCGCACGCGUCAACGUUCCUCGAUGAGCUAGUCCGGCGCGAUGGGCUAGCCGACUUCGUUCACAAGCCUUGUUGCGCGCAUUGCUCAGAGUCAAGCCCCGAAUCCCGGAUGUUUCGAUGUCGUCAUUGUGGGGACUACCUACAAUGCCAGUCUUGCACUGUCCGUGCCCACCAGACACGUCCAUUGCACGUCGUCGAGGAAUGGAACGGCCGGUUUUGGUGCCGGACAAACCUUUAUUCGGUGCUGCCCAAUUUCGAUGGCCAGAUUGGCCUUGGUUUGAUCUUCCAGGUCGGGCACCACGGACUUCCGUGCCCAAACCCCAGUGUGACGAAGCGCAUGGUGGUUAUUGACGUGCGGGGAGUGUUCACUCUUCGCGUGCGCACCUGCAAUUGUGAGCUGGGUCAAAGACGGAAUGUCCUACGGCAGCUGCUCGCUCACGGUUGGUAUCCUGCCACCACGACAGACCCAGAGACAUGCGCCACGCUAGAGGCUCUGGAACUCUUUCGACUCUUGCAAGUCGUCGGCAACAUCAAUGUCAAUGAUUUUGUCGGCUCGAUUGAAAGGUUGACGGAUGCGACCCGACUUGAGGCGACUCCGGAUCGUUACAAGGCGUUUUUUCGCAUGCAUCGUCAAUACACUUACCUGAUUCGGGCGAAACGGGCCGGGCGAGCACAUGACCCAGGCGGCCUUGCGGAAACCGCGACGGGGAGUUGGCCGUGUCCUGUUGGGCAUGUCCUCAACCAGGCGAAACCUACCGGAAGGUUGGAAACGAGUCGAUCGCUCGCAACGGUGAGUGUUUUCCUCUACAAGCUCAUCUUGGCAGUCGACGCGAACUUCCGACUGAAGAACCGCAUUCGAGCAAAUGAGCGUCAAGAUCCUGCCUUAGCGAAAGGCAAGGGGUAUUUUGUCCAGUCCGAGGCCUACAAGCGGCAUCUGCGUGAAUACGUGGCUGAGAAGGAGAAAGGCGAAAGAUACGCUAAUAUUGAUUACGUUGUCAUGGCCACGCUGCAAGGCGAGAAGGUCAUCAACGUGACCAUCAGCUACGACAUUGCCUGCCAUUGGCAGGUUCUCUUACCUGCCCGAGGUGAACGAAUCCGACAACGCGGCGAUCUCACGACGGACCUCUCCAAGUACAAGAUGCAGUUUGCCUUACCCGUCUGGCAUGCGUCUGCCCACGAGAUAAACUGUCGCUCAAAGAACACUCUCAGUUACGCGCAUGGAGUUGGGAAAACAGACGGAGAAGGCAUUGAACGAACUUGGUCGCUACUGAAUCCUAGUGCUUGGGCGACGAAGGAGAUGGGGGAAGGAGCUCGCCACGACACCUUGGAAGAUAAGAUUGACCAUCUCAAUUUCGAGAAGAACAUCGGGCAAGGGAGAAUCCUCAUGCGAAAGCUAAUCGUCGCUCUGGCAGAGCGGCGCACACAGGAGGAAGAAUUCGAAGAGAUGACUGAGAGCAUAUCAGAGGAGAAGGUUAAGGUCUGGGAGAGAAUGGUCAUCGACUGGGAGAAGGACCACCGAGAGCCGAACCCUUUCUUAAUCAUUGGGGGGAAAGAAGCGGGACCAUCCGAACGGGAGGUGAUGCAGCAACUGAAAGCAGCAGAAGUCGAGGAUGCACGCGCUGGUCGAGCACCAUUGGUUCCCGAGGGAAAGAUGACCGCCGCUGGUUUUGUCAAAGCUGGCCUUCAGCUCGAGGAAUCCCAACGUCGCAUCUUGGCAGAACUGAAGGCCAAGACACUCAUCUCCGCGGACCGCUCGAGUGCAAUCCAGGAACAGCGAUUUUCAUUGCACAAGCGAUUCAAGACAUUCCACGACCUACAACUGACUUACAUGCCUGGCGUAGAAGAAUAUCCGGGCGAGCGACGAUGA